AUGGUUGUGGAGGAUGUUACAUCCUGUUGUAACACCUCUGCUGAACUUUUUAACAAACCAUGGAAUGGAGAGUUUGCUUAUCAAACCCUCAGCAUGGUGGUUACUGUCAUCCUUCCUUCCAUGGUUGGGAUUCUCUGUUCAACAGGGCUGGUUGGCAACAUCCUCAUUGUAUUCACUAUAAUAAGGUCCAGGAAAAAAACGAUUCCUGACAUUUUUAUCUGCAGCCUGGCUGUGGCUGGUCUGGUCCACAUCAUUGGAAUGCCAUUUCUUAUUCACCAGUGGGCCCAAGGAGGACAGUGGGUGUUUGGGGGGCCUCUCUGCAGGACCAUCACAUCCCUGGAUAGCUGCAACCAGUUUGCCUGUACUGCCAUCAUGACUUUAAUGAAUGUGGACAGGUUCUUGGCUCUCGUCCAGCCAUUUCAACUGACAAGCUGGAGAACCAGGUACAAGACAAUCUGCAUCAAUCUGGGCCUCUGGGCAGCUUCCUUCAUUCUGGUGUUGCCUGUCUGGGUCUACUCGAAGGUCAUCAAAUUUAAAGACAGCGCUGAGAGUUGUGCUUUUGAUUUAACAUCCCCUCAUGAUGUACUUUGGUAUACUCUGUAUUUGAUGAUAACAAGUUUCUUUUUCCCUUUGCCCUUGGUUUUGAUAUGCUAUAUUUUAAUUUUAUGCUAUACUUGGGACCUAUAUCAACAGAAUAAGGAUGCCAGAUGCUACAAUCCCAGUGUUCCAAGGCAGAGAGUGACGAAGCUGACCACGAUGGUGCUGGUGCUGGUGGCGAUCUUUAUCCUGAGUGCUGCCCCCAUCACGUGAUGCAACUGGUGACCUUAACAGGUGGAGCAGCCCUCACUGGCUUUCUGUCUGAGAUAUUACCCCUCCAUUUGUCUCAGCUAUGCCAGCAGUAGCAUCAAUCCUUUUCUCUACCUCUUGCUGAGUGCAAAUUUCCGGAAACGCCUAUCUCAAGUGCAAAGGAGAGUGACUGAGAAGGAAAUCAACAAUAUGGAAAACAUUUUGAAACAGAGCUUUGAGGAGAGGACAUGGAUCAUAAAAGUCUAG